AAUAUUAAAUAUCGAGUCGAUAAAAACAGAUUAGAAGCAACAAUUGAAAAAGAAAAGAAAACAAAUGAAGAACUUGAUAAAGAAUAUAUUAUUGAUAAUAACAAUAUUUAUUGGAAGAGAAAUUUUUCUAAGUAUAUAAAACAAUAUCUUAAAGA